AUGGUAUUUCUGAGGGUUGCUCCUAUGAAAGGAGUGAUGAGGUUCGAGAGGAAGGGCAAGUUGAGUCCUCCAAACAUUGGGCUGUUCAAGAUUCUGGAGAUGAUAGGUCCAGUUGCUUAUCAGGUAGCCUUACCCUUGACCUUAUCUAGGGUGCAUGAUGUGUUUCAUGUGUCGGUGCUGAGGAUGCACUUGCUAGAUCCGUUGUACGUGAUCAGUUAUGAGUCCUUAGAAAUUAGUAAAGCGCUAGCUUACGGUGAGGUACUGGUUCAAAUUUUGGAUCAGAAGGUAUGGAAGCUAUGUACCAAGGAGAUACCAUUGGUAAAGGUGCUAUGGCGCAACCACGUGGUUGAGGAGGCUUCUUGGAAUUAG